ACAUACAAAACUACAUUAUAAAUAGAGUUAUAAAAUUUUUUAUCUCUAAGCAAUCACAAUGGUAUAGUCUAAAUUAGUUUAACAAGUGAUUGUCCUGAAGAAUAAUAUUAAUUUAAUUGAAUUUCAAUAUAUAAGUUAGUGAUUUGCCAUAAAGCUUAAUAAUUUGAAUAUUUUUUGAGAGAUAUAAGCCAAAUGAUCAAGUAGAGAUUUUUAAACCACCUAUUCCUAAAGCACGUCGAUCCAUAAGAGACACUAAUGCAAUUGAAGAAAUUAGUCCCUGUAAAACAUCCAAUUCAUUGUCAAUGAAAAGUAUGUACAAAUCAAGUCCAGAAAUUUAUAAUAUUCCUGAUAUUCAAUAUACUGAUGAUGAAGAUAAUUAUGAUGAUAAUGAUGAUAAUGAUGAUAAUGAUGAUAAUGAUGAAGAUAAUAGUCAUAAAUUUUUAAACAACUCACAAGAUAGCAUAAAACUAGACACUUUUAGUACUGCACAUAAUUCUCCUGUUGUAACACAAGUAUACAGAAGAAGCUUAAACGAAAGUCAAUCUUUCAACAAUAGAAAUAGUUCUUUCUUAUAUAAAACGCAAAAACAACCUACAAAAGAAGGAUUCUUUUCAAAAUAUUUCAGAUUGCUUUUGUGUGCUGUUUGUAUUCUAUUUUUAUUAUUUCUUUAUAUUAUUUUAAACACUAAAACAGAAACUCAUGAAAGUCCGGGAGUACUUGUCAAAGAAAAACAAAUACAUCUAACUGAGAUAAAUAAUGUAUUAGAUAAAUCAAUACAGUUAAUCCAGACACAAUUUCAUAAUCAAAAAUCUAACAUUUGGAAUGAUAUAUCAGCUGGAAUAUAUGAUGUAGUUUUGUUCCCUACAAAACCUUCAAUUAUUAUUUUGUUUGGAAAUGAAACUGAAACUUUGAAUUGUUUAGCUAAAUUACUUGGACAAUUAAGUGGCAAAAUUUUAGGUAGUAAUGAUUAUUUAAUAUUAACACCAAAAGACUUUCCAAAUGAUAUUGGACAAGUUAUUUAUAGAUUGAAAAAACCAAUCACACAAAAAAAAGUAAUAAUAAUACAAGAUUUAUUAAAUGUAAAUACUGAAGCAUUGAAAGCUUUCCACAAUUUUUGUGACAGAGAAAAACCUUUAGUUGAGAAUGCUGUGUACAUAAUAACAGUAGUUGUUGAUGGAUACAAACCAUCCCAAAGAGAAUUAGAAUUUAUUGAAAAGCAAAUAUUUAAAAGACUAUCAAAUUAUAUGGACAAAGAUAUUCUAGAUCCUCUAAUAACUAGGCUUACAGAUGGAACUAUUGUACCUAUUUUACCAGAAUCAAGUACAAAUUUCAAUUAUGCAGAUUGUUCUUUUUUUUAUAAAUAACAAAGUAUAAACAUUUAAUAAAUGUAAAAAAUGUAAUUAACUGACAGAAUAAUAAUUGUCAUGAUAAAGCGGUAUAACAACAUUGACAAAAUGUGAUACAUAUAAUUUUGCUACUGUAGAAUAUAUUAUAGAUAGUAUUUAUAUUUAUAUAUUAAACAAAAUAAAGAUUUCCAAUGGAUUUGGCAGUUUCUACAAAUUUUCAAAAAAUAUAACAACAAGAUCGAUGCCUCUGGCAUGAUUUCAGCUCUUGAAUGACAUGUUUAUACAACUUUAAAGUAAAAUACAAUGGAUAGAUUUACUUCAUACAUGUCAUAUUGUGAUUGUAUCUUAAUAGUGUAACAUGUCAGUCCUCGUCCACGUAUGGUUAUGUCUUCAAUUGCCAAUUUACAAUGCGUUUCUUCUAUAUUGUAUCACAAAUGGAAUCCAAUAGAUCUUCGUUCUUUUUUCUCACUUAUAGCGGAAAGAACAUGAAAUAUAUUUUAGCAAACUUA